GGCGCUAGCAUCGUGGUAGCUAUGCGGGGAGCGUUAGCUGCGGGGCUCGAACAUCCAGCUGUCGGUGUGUGGCCCUGAGCCGGGAUCCGUCCCUCUCUCUGGGAUGCAUCUGUCCAAGAAGUGCUCGGCCUUCAAGGUGGUGCUGAGCGCCCUGCUGGUGGUGGCGCUGCUGCAGCUCAUGUACCUGUCCUUCCUGUCCCGGUUCCACGGGAAGCAGCAGCGGUACCGGUACUCGGAGCUGUUCGGGGGCACCGGGGCCAAGAAGAACGCGCACCCCGAGAAAAACACCCGAAAGGAGCGGCUGCGGUUCUCCCUGUCCACCGGGGGGAUCUUCGACCACAGUGGUCAGUACCGGGUUUACAAGAACUUGAUCCAGAGUGACUUCAGCACGAACCGGAAACCAGGGUCGGACGUCCUGGCUUUAGCGACACACACGACCAUCAACAACCUGCACCACCUGGACUCUCUGCUGCAGAGGUGGCACCAGCCUCUGUCUGUGGCCAUAUUCGCUCACGGGCAGGACGUGAAGUUUGCCACCGCUCUGGUUUACGCUCUCAGCUUCUUCUGCCCUCAGAUCCAGGCCCUGGUGGACUUCCACCUGGUCUGUCUCUCUGGAGAGACGGCCAGUUUCCCCGAGCAGGACCAUGAGCACUUUGCAGGGCUGGAGGACUGUUCGUCUGUCUUCACCAGACUGGAGACUCACAGGGACAAAUUCAAGAACUAUGCCAUCAGUGGAAACAUCUCCUACCCCAACAACCUCCUUCGUAAUGUAGCUCGCGGCGGCACCGAGUCCUCCUACAUCCUGGUCAUCGACAUUGACAUGAUGCCGAGCGCUGACCUGCACCCGCAGUUCUUGGCCAUGAUGUCCGGUCGAGAGCCGGCGAGCGACGAGGUUUUCGUGUUGCCCGCUUUCGAGAUCCGCCACGCCAGGAAGAUGCCUGCCACCAAGCCCGAGCUGGUUCAGCUCUACCAGGUGGGUGAGGUCCGGCCGUUUUAUGAGGAGCUGUGUUCUCGCUGUCAGGCCCCGACCAACUACUCACGGUGGGUCAACAGCCGCGUCAGAGGGACUCUGGAAGUGGCCUACACGCUCAGCUGGGUGGACCCCUGGGAGCCGUUCUACAUAGGGCCCAACACUGUGCCCCUCUACGACGAGAACUUCAAGCAAUAUGGCUUCAAUCGCAUCAGCCAG